AUGUCCGUCAAGGACAUAACCGCCGCUUUUACAAAGGCCAGUUCCGUCCUGAAUACCGGCCAGCUCGUCAAGGAUGAGUUCUUCACGCUGUUCGAGGCGGUAGGAGCGUUGGAAGUUGCCUGGCAUUCGGGUCAUCCCCUUUCUCAGACGCUGUUUACUUCUAUAUACCUCGAUCGAAUGUUGUGGCCGGUGCCAAAGUCAUUGAAGGAGGCGAAGUUUGACCGGUCGGGUAUGACUGAGCAUAAGAAAGAAGAGGAAAAGGAGGGGGACGAGGAGGACGGUUCGAAAGGGCAAUGGAAUGAGCUCGUUGAUCUCGUGCUGAGGGCGUAUUGCCUGGCCCUCAUCAAGGCGUGUGACCGCAUAAACUCCAAAGUUUGCUCGGAGUAUUUUCAUGAGGAAGAAGAUUUCGUCACGCAGCUCUACAAUCGCAAUUUACUCGCCGAUGUCGGAUCGGAUCCUAUCCAACUUAUUCUUGACGAUGCUCUGUCAUGGCUGGACAGGCAAAAGCAGGAGCAAAGUGGUGCCGUCGACGAGCCUAUCAGGGAAGCCCUCGUUCACCGUCUGCUAUUCCGCCGGGAGUUACUCUCUGGCCUGGAUGUGGAUACCAUGCCUGCCAAGCAACGAUCCAUUCAACCGUUCCUCGCCGCUCUUCGUCACCUUGGACGAAUUGAGAAGUCAAUGCACCUGGGCAAAUCAGUGCCAGAGGCGUUUAGUUGGAAGAUCCAGCGCCGGUUAGCGAGCACCGUUCCACCCAGGCCGAUGGUCCAUGUGAGUGCCGCUGAUGCUACUGCGCAUAUGACGCGGUUUUGUCAAGAUGCGGUGGAUGUGCAGCAGAUUCUGGAGUAUCGGGGACCGUAUAAUUUACAGACAUUUGUUUGGGCGUUGCAAUCCCGCAAACCGCAGCCAUGUGCCUACAUCCGAUCUCUUGUCCAAUCGCUCAUCGUGAAUGACAUGGAAAUCCUCGGCUCUGUGGAUGUGAAAGAUUUCUUCUUUGAUAGCCUUGCUGAGCUUGUUUUGCCGCAUAACCAGUUGUUGGACCGCAGGAAUGAGGAAGUGGAAGCACCGUCAGAUUCACGGUUUCAGAUCGCGAAGCACAUGGAUAAUUUUGUUAAAAAGGCUGCGCAGCCAUUUGUCGAUACCUACCGUACCACGUGCUUGAACCGAUGUCGAGUUCGCCGCACGCUCUGCCAUGCCAUUGUCGAUUGGGAUGCGCUGCAAGCAGAGGCCGAAGAUUUUGAUGUCCAUCUCUGCACUUUAACCUUAGAGCCGCCCAUCGUCCUCCACGGCAAUGAACCCACUUAUUCAUACCCACUUAGCAGUUGGGCAUAUCAUGAGAAGCUCCGCCAGAUGCGCCUCAUCCUCCAACUAGGUUUUGAACUAUCGAUAUACUCACCCGAAGAAAUGCCCGGGAUGUACUGCUGCAAAUCAGAGGACGGCGCCAGCUCCAUCACGCACACAGUCGCAACAAAGGCCCGAAACCAAUACCAACACCACCGCUGCGGAACAGCACCAGCGGCCUUCCACAAAACCCUCUCCCUCCUCCACAGACUCACAACUGAACUUGUAGCCAUCGACGCCUUCGCCAUCGCUUUGCACGCCCUCUACGUCCUUUUAUCCCGCUACCAAUUACUCCAAUCAACAUACAUUGCCUCCUCAACUCCUUCCACACAGACACAUCCACAAAGGCAGCGCCCGUCAUACUCGUCCGACCACCUCCGCUACGAGCUGCGCAUGAAACCCUUCCUUACCAUCUCGCUGCCCGAACUUGUCCCCUUCGACGCCUUCGAGCAAGAGUCUGGGUUAGUUGGGGUUAGCGACGCUGACGUGCUGGAGAGGGCGUCGAGGGCCAUUGCGGAGGCGAAGAGGGGUGUUGAGAGGUGCUUGAUGGCCGGCGCAUCUUUGGAAGUGGAGAGCAAUCAGGCGGGUAGUGCAGAUGGCGAUGGCCGUGACGUCCCCGAUGAGGUCCCCGAUGAGAAAGAAAGGAAGCGCCAACCUGCCAAGAUGGACGGAAAGGGCAAGAGUGCCAAACCAGAACCAGAACCAGAACCAGACCCCGAACCCAGACCCCGGCUCUUGCAGGAUGACUGGACCGGUGAUAUGAAGGAUUCGCUACGCGCGUGUAUUGGGGCCAGCAUCGCCAUUGGUACAGUGAAAAAAGCCAUUUCUGCAUCUGCGCCUGCCGGUGCUAGCAAUCCUGACGGGGAUGAGAAUCACCGGCCGAAACUAAAUCUAUCCGUUGACAUCCCGCCCGUUGGCUCGAAGGGGCGCUGGCAUGAUUGGUGGGCUGUACCUCGGGUUACGGAGGUGUUGCCGCUACGAGGCAGCGGGUGA